UCGACCUUGGGUACCUAAGGCACCUAAACUACCUAAGGUACCUACCCGGGUCUGAUAACGAUAAGAAACAAAUCGGAGGGGAGACAAGAAAGAAGGAGAAAUGCUAGGAAAAUCACGGAUCUAAGUCAGACACCACCCGAGGACUAAAGAAGGGAGGCCUGUUAGGGUUGUUUCAGCAGACAAGGGGACAUCCAGCUCCCAAUUGAUCGCCUACUACCUACCGCUCGAGCCCCCCGCGUCCUGAGCAUACACUGCCGAAACUAGAAACUACAGCAUCCCGACUCAUCCUAUACCUAGGCCAAUCAGCCACUCCAUUCACCACCAGCCAAGUCAACGCCGAUACGAUGGCGUCCCCGAAUGCUCCCCUCCAAACGCCACCACCUCCACCCUCCUCCUCCUCCCAGCAGCAGCAGAGUCCUUCGCCAGCCAACGCCAACGCGGGCAACGCUAUCGUCCACAAUGUCGCGCUUUGCGUGACGCCCAUUGCGCUGCUGGCGCUGUUCCUGCCACCACGGCGCCUCGACAUACGCGCUCUCAUCCUUGGCGGCGUCGCCGUCUGGGGCACCAGCCGGCUCGUCUAUGAUUACAGCGGCAACUCUUCGUUGCAGAGCCUGCAGCGACGGCUCAGAAGUUUGGCGGGUCCCGACCUGCCAGAGAAGGCGCGCCAGACCCAAAUCCGGCUUCGCGCCGAGCGCGCCGAGCGCACGCGCCUCCAGCAGCUGCAGGAGGCCCAGGCAGACUUGCCGGAGGAGCAGAGGAAGAUGCUCGAGGAGCAGCGGCAGCAGAGGAAGCAGCAGCAGCAGGGGCCGUUAGCGGGACAGGACUCGGAAGAGCGCAAGGGGGCGGAAGCGAAGGGCGCGGCCAAGGAGAGAUCCCUUUUCCAGCGCAUAUGGAUGGGCAACGAAGGUGACGACUGGAAGGAGGAGCGCGCGCGCCGCGAGCGUGAAGCCUUCAGCGAGGGCGGAGGCGGCUACUGGGGCCUGAUCACGGACCAGAUCGCAGAGGCGUGGAACGAGAGCCGGAAAAAGGAAGGGGAGAAGAACGACCAGAAUACGGAAUCUGAGGGAAGUCGGCCGAAGGGAGCUUGACGCAGACGGUGUACACUUACCCCCAUUUUUCGGAAAAAGGGGGGGUGGGACUGUACGAGUACGACGGCAACGUUCAUACGAUCUAAAUCA